CACCCCCACGCAUGCGCCGUCUCUUGAAUAAAGCGGCACCUGGAGGCCCAUGCUGCUGACCCUGCGCAUGUGCGCCAGGCUCAAUGACAACCAAACCUUUCUAAGGAGUCAGCAUGCUCCGGGCGGCCCGAGCAGCCUGUGGGGCCGGGUGGUGGGGCUGCCCCCGGCCCCCGCUGAGGCCCUGGGCCCCCAAGGCCGCUUCCCGGCCCCACUCGUCCCUGACCAUCAAGAUGGGGGAGUAUCGGAAGAUGUGGAACCCCACGGAGCCCCGGAACUGGGCCCAGCAGUAUCAGGAACGCUUCAUCCCCUUCUCCAAGGACCAGCUGCUGCAGCUCCUCCUGCAGGAGUUUCACUCCAGUUCUCCGGCCAAGGCUGCGCUCCUGCAGUUCGCGUCCCACGUUGACUCCUGCAUCCUGUCUCAGUAUAACAGCACCUUGACCCAGCUGCAGGCACUGUACGACCCCAUCAACCCAGACCGAGAGACCCUGGAGCAGCCCUCCCUCACGGACCCGCAGCGCCUGGCCAACGAGCAGGAGGUCCUCGUGGCCCUGGCGCCACUGCUGGAUCAAGCUAACUUCUCCCCACUGUCUGAGGAUGCCCUGGCCUAUGCCCUUGUGGUCCACCACCCACAAGAUGAGGUUCAGGUGACCAUCAACCUGGACCAAUACACUUACAUGCAGUUCUGGGCCCUGGGCCAGCGAGUGGGGCGGCUCCCACUCAAGUCCAUCGUGGGCUCCGAGCGGGGCUUCUUCACCAAGUCCCCCCCUGCCGAGCGGCGUUACUUUAAGCGGGUAGUGGUGGCGGCCCGCACCAAGCGGAGUCACCUGGUGCUGAAGAGCUUCAAGGACACUCCCCUGGAGGGGCUGGAGCAGCUCCUCCCAGAGCUGAAGGUGCGGACACCCCCCCUGCAGCGAGCCCUACUCAACACCAUACUCUUGGUCUCGGGCCUGGUGUUCUUCGUCAACGUGGGCAUGGUGGUCCUGUCUGACCUCAAGGUGGCCACCUCGCUGCUACUGCUGCUCUUUGCCGGUUUCAUGGCGCACCGUGCCUCCCAGAUGUUUGGCCAGCGCCGGAACCUGCAGGCUCUGGAGCUGGCUCACAUGCUAUACUUCCGGAGCACUUCCAACAACUCAGAGCUGAUCACGGCCCUAGUGCACCGGGCACUGGAGGAGCACGCCAAGGAAGUCCUGCUGGCCUACAGCUUCAUGGGACGCAGGGGUCUGGGGCCUCCCGAGGAGAGCGCCAAGUGGCUGCAGGACUCUGUAGAGGCCUGGCUCCUGGCUCGAUCAGGCUGUGAAGUGACCUUCAACGGGGCCCGGGCCCUCAGCCACCUGGAAGCCUUGUCCCGAAAGGUGCCCCCUGACCUACCACCCGAUCUCUGCAAAAGCCCUAGCCCCUCCUGGGCUGCCCAGCUUCAGAGAUCCCUGGAGCCUCCUGGGAUCCAGCUGAGGAGGGAAUGAGCUUCCUGUCAUCUCUUCGCCUACCAGAGCCCCACAGGUCGGAGCGCUGGCCCGGCUGGCUUCUGGUGGGCUGAGACUCACAGCCAAGGGCCACCCUUUCCCCCAGGAAUGGAGGGGCGCACGACCCUGGGGACCCAGUUGUCUCUGCUGCUCCCUGCUGCCAUCGGCCUCUUGGGAAGGGAGCAGGAUCUGCCCCUCCCAAUGCCAGUGCCUUCCCCAGACCCCGGUAUUUUUUAAUACCGACUUUUGCCAAUGCUACCUCUGACUCCAUCUCACCCCAUGUCCCCCCAUGUGCAAUACUGAUCCCUGUUCCCAUCUAUCCUCCAGUUCCCAAAGAAAUAAACCCUGUUUAUACCA